GAAAGGCAGAAAAGGAUGCUUCUUACAGAAGUAGCUUUCGUAUCUACUCAGGAGCUGCAUUUAUGAACUAAUGCAACAACCUCAUCAUUAGAGUUACUACCGCUCUUUCAAGCAAAUUGAAAUUGUGUAGUUAAACAACGAUGGAAAACACAAAUUGAAGCGAGACCGAGUUUCUGUGUUAGCAAGUUGUCGAUUUGAAGUUGCUGACUGAGGCCAAAAGGAAUCGUGAUUUCAAAACACCAGCCAUUUUAAAUAUGUAAGUUCUCGAGUGCUUCCGAUGACUGUCGAGGGGUCAACAACUACCACACAAUCUUACGGGGAGUAAUGACACAAUGACGACGUCAUGCACCUACACACUUCUGUUUGUUGUCAUCAUCACAGAAAUGAGGGCGCCACUGUCUUCUGCGUUGUGUGGUGUGUCGGAAUUUUCUUGUAAUAAUGGGAAGUGUGUACGGCAGAACAUGUAUUGCAAUGGUAGAGAAGACUGCGGUGAUGGCAGUGACGAGCCACGAGGUUGUGUAGCAUGCAACAGAACCUUCAAUGGGGAAGCCAACGUGAAGUACAAACUUCACAUCACUGAGCCUUUCCAUCGUCACAUCCCUUUUCUUUGUAUCGUCAGCUUUGUCGCUGAUGGUGCCCAAUAUGGCGACUACGUGGAGCUCCAGGUUCUCUCCUUUAACGUCGGAUCGCUUGAAAAAGGAAGUAGUUCCAGUCACACAUGUUAUGGAGGCCAUCUUCAGGUUCUGGAUUAUAAGAGUCCAGAAAGAGACAUUAGCCACCAACAAACACGUGGACUCAGCCAGCUCGUCUCAGCACUGAAACAGACUAACGGAAUGUUACCCAACUUGUUUAACCUCACUGGAAGAAGCGCGCCACAUUUUGGAUAUUUCUGUGGCCAAAUGGCAGGAAAAAGCGUCAACUAUUUUUCAAGCGGAAAUAACGUUACAGUGGUUAUAUUUAUGCCACGACGGGUAUCGUGGCGGUCUCAAUCUUUUAACGUCUUCCUUACGUAUCGAUUUAUCACAGAGAGAACACAUUUGGGAAAUCAAAACGACGACAUUAAGGUUGAUUUUGGAAGAUCAGCACCAAAUUCCUUCUGUAAUCUAGAAUACCGGGACUGUAUAAAUCGACUCUGUAUCAUUCGAUCUCCCAAUUAUCCUGGCACAUUUUUACCAAAUUUCACUUGUCACUAUUUAAUCAAACAGGAAUACAUUCCAAAAGGCUUCGACGCACAGAUAGUGUUGAGGCAGGACAAUGAAUAUAAAAUUUCGAUUGAUAAUGGACACUCAGGUCUCGGGGCAGUCUCCAGUAGCUCACUGACCACCGAUUGCUCUCAAGAUAAAGUACGCAUAUUUGACGGCCCGACACACGAUGCGACUUUGCUGACAGAAUUUUGUGGUUCGGGAUCACUUCCUCCAGUUAUUUCUAGUCAAUCUAACGUUUUGAUACAGUUGGUAAGCGCCCCCUAUCAACGUCUGCACGAUUCUAGGUUAGAAAUUGAAGCUCGAGUAAAAUUUGUUAAGAAGCCAUUUUGGCGGAUCUUGGGUAAUGACUGUAAAUUUCUUAUUGAUGGGACCAAGAACAAUAAAGGCAUUAUAAAAAACCCCCAACAUACUGUACCAUCACCAACUACGUGCACUUACACUCUGAGAGGGAGAAUCCCCACUGACCGUGUGUGGGUGUAUUUUAUGUCAUAUAUGGUAGAGGACAAGCAUCCCUGGUCACUUACAGAACACUGCGAUACUGGACGUAUGGAGAUCUUAGGCUCGGUUGCUCCAUAUUUUCUUGGAGUCACUGAUAAUAUCUCUAUUGAGAAUAAUCAUACUUACUGCGAGAAAAGCUCUCCACGACUGUGUGCUCGUGCGGCAGAUACUCCCAGUUUUACUCCUCUUCGUCCCUGUCGUCUACCAGAAGAAAGUUACUUUUCCAAGGGUCCAGAGUUGGUGCUGAAAAUAUAUUAUCCAAAGAUACCUGUCAUUCCAAGUGUCCAACCUCUCUUUUCGGCCAGGUUUGAAUUCGUAGACACACGCCAACCCGGUGUAGCUGUUACAUCCACACUUUGCGAUCGGAUUUUAAGUAGUCAUAACUCAGGCCACGGCACGAUAUUUUCCCCGCGAAAUGUACUGUAUUUUGGAAGAGGUGGCCGCAGCGAAGUUUCUUGUCGGUACAAUCUUCAAGGAACGGACUCAAACAGAGUUAAACUUGCCUUUCGAACCCUACAGCUUUUAUCACCAUCGUGUAAAAAUCUAAUAGAUAGGUAUUCCCUUCAAAGAACUUGUGAAUUCCCCCAAACUUAUAACGGACCGUUGUCCUUAGUACGAGUUGUUGAAAAUUGGGAGGGAACUGAGCUGCCGAUUGGCUGUUUUUGUAACAUAACAUUAGUUCAUCAGCCACUUGAACUGGUGUCUCUCAGUGAUAAUGUUUCAGUGAUCUUCACUGUCAGGGGAAUGAAUUCUGAUGAAGAUUAUCAUCAUUUUAAUUUUGAGGCUAACUAUGAAUUUUUUUCAUUUCCUCUAUGUGGCAAAGCUUUAAAAGAGAAACAAGAUUCUAAAGGAAAGCUUACGUUUACUGUGUACAAAUGGAUGUUGGAAAAACACGGCCAUUUUCGGUGUAGGUGGACCUUAACGACACCCGUGGGUAAACAUUUUUAUCUAACUUUUCGGGGAACGAAUGGAUCAGAAAAAUGUUCCUCUAGGAAUUUACUGAAGGCGUACUCGGAGGACAGUAUCCUGGCAGAUUUGACCAUCUGUGUUAAUGACAGUGCUCCCGAAUUUAAAGUGUUCUCACCAUCUUGGUAUAACGCAGACAGUGUCAGAUCUCAUUUAUCAAACGAAGAGGACCGUAGACUGUCAAAUCAUAUCAUCAUUGAGGCCCUAAUUAAGAUACCCCAAACAGUGAGGGUGGAGUGGGACGAGGUGACAAAACCCUUACUGAAAAGAAACACUGGACAGUCUUUAAAGAAAAUCAACUGCUUGUUUAGGUGCCCGGAGAUAAAUGCCUGCAUCAGUCCUGACCUCUGGUGUGAUGGGACGAAACACUGUCCGUCUGGAUAUGAUGAGGCGGCAGAACAUUGCCAACGGUUUCCUUUAUUGUAUGUCGCUGCUGGGGGUGGGGUUACACUUUUUCUUCUCGUGUUGGUUCUUUUGGCGGUAAUUUUCAGGUGCAGGGUACGUGGACACACUGAUAAGCGACCUAUAAGGAUACCAGUUGUUGAUCAAUUUGAAAUGGAUCGCAGCGGCAGAGCUCAAGAAGAUCAGUUUUUGAAGUAUUAACCUAAAACGAUGUUUCUCCCAGUUCUUGGAUUUCCACUAACUGUGAUACAAGUCCUACUACGUUCAAUUUUUAGUCACCAAGGAUAAAUUUGUUUUUAACAAAAAUAUUAUUGAACUGUUAACAGCGUAAUUCUCGAUAGUACUGUUGUUCCACGUUAUACCACUAAAGCUCAAGUCGUAUUAAAACUAUAUCUUAACUUGUUGCAUGAAAAACAAAUCAAAUGAAUUAAUUAAAAAAAAAAGAAUAUUUCAUCAAGUAUGUGAUGUACGUCCUUGCUGCUUAAAACAAUUAUUGCUUCACGUCACAAUUGAAUAUGUAUAUCAUCACUUUAUUAUAGACAUGAAGCAUAGUUUCU